AUGGUGCCUGGGGGAGGAGUGCUCGCUGAUGGACUGCUGAAGCCGACGGCGCGGCCCCGGGUCCGUCUUAUACUCAUCCCCAGAGCAGUCACUGGCCAGGUCGCGGCUAGCAGCGACUACGGCCGCUCUGAUUCCAUCUCCACAAUCUGCGGUAGUGUACAACGGCCGCAGCGGGCAGCCGUCGCUGCGGCCUGCUGCCCUCGACGCGUAGAGCUCGAAUGCGGACGGCCCGCAGACGGAUCGAGCAAAGCACACACCGGCCGUGGCACGACGAGAUGGAUGGAGGUCUGCCUCUGCUACCCUCCGUCGACAGGGCCCGCGAAGGGAGCAGCGCGGUGGAGCUUGUCAGACUCGGGCUGGCUGUUCCGCAGCCGCGGUCAUGGUAGCAUUACCAGGUCGCGGAUCCUUGUUGCAGGGAGCGACCGCGAUGAGGAUGCCGGCGGAGCUUCGAGCAUAGCGCUGGCGUCUGGCGCCGCGAUGUGUCACACAAAUCGAAACGCUCACUCAUCCGGUGCUGGCGACGAUGGCAUGCCGGUGGUGUGGAGAGGGCCGGGUCUGCUGCAUCGCCAGGGGCGGCCACCCAGCGGCCAGUCCGCCGCUCCCAGCGCGGUGGAUUGA